AUGGCCUCGCCGCUCUCGCCGCAGCCCAAGUCCGCACCCACCACCUCGCUCUCCUCGUCCUCCUCCCCGCCCUCUCCACCGCCAACCGAACCCGCGCCCGCCGAGCGCCCCCUCCCUCCCUUGCACGUCGCAGCAGCCUCAAACGACCUCCAGUCCCUCUACGCCCUCCUCGACUCGCCCUCCUCGUCCUCGUCCAUACCCCACACCGCAAACGACACCGAUGCAGAGGGCACCACGCCGCUUCAUUGGGCCGCCAUUAAUGGACAUGUCGUCGCUGCCAAGGUGUUGCUCGAGAGGGGGGCAGAGGUCGAUGCGAGGGGCGGAGAGCUCAGAGGGACGCCGCUGAUGUGGGCUGCCAGAAACGGCCACCUCCCCGUCGUGCACCUCCUUCUAAAACACGGCGCCGACCCCUCCCUCACCGACGACCAAUCCUUCAACGCGCUCCACCUCGCAAUCCACUCUUCCUCCGCCUUCCUCGUCGCCUACCUCCUCCUCACGCUCCAACCGCUGGCAAUUGACUCGACUGAUCCCGAAGGGCAUACCGGGUUAGCGUGGGCGUGUUAUCAGGGCGAUGCGAUCAGUGUCGAGGUCCUCCUUAAAGCUGGAGCGGACAAGGACCGCAAAGACCGCAUGGGCCUAACCCCGCUACAUUGGGCCGUCACGAAGGGUAACGCGACCUGUAUCCGCCGCCUCGUCGAAGCAGGAGCCGACCUCUCACUCGUCGACAACGAAGGAAAGACUCCUCGAGACCUUGCCCUCCGUCUCAAGAGUAUCGCAGCGUACGACCGCGCCCUUAUCGAAGCGGGCCUCGAUCCCGAGACUGCGAGGAAGUUGGAUCGACCCCUCGACGAGCGCAAUACGAAUAGGGCGAUCUUUGCGGUUGUCGUCGCUGCGAUGGGCGGGAUGUUCGAGACGCUUGCCGUUCUGCCGUGGUACACGAGCUGGUUGGUCGUCGGCGCAGAAGCGUUUGGGAUGCAUCACCUCGUUGCGCGGGUCUUGCUUGGUGCUGGAGGGCCGAAGCGGAAGGGACAUGGGCACAAGCAUGCGGGGAGUUCGUCGAAGGUCACUAAGAGCCCGUACCUCUGCGCGGUUAUCACCUCCUCGCUCGUCUGGGUCGCGUACGUCUGGAUGACGCGGUACAUCUCUCGUGCGUCCCCUUCCCCUCUCCCUCCCCUCUCGCUCACGAAUCUUGCUCGCGCAGUCCCGGAUCAUACGACUUUGAACAUCCUCUUCGGUCUCGCACUCGUCUCGUGCGCUUGGUGGUUCGCGAAAGCGAUCCGGCUUGAUCCGGGAACUGUGAGGGGUCCGGGGGUGGGAGAGGAGUUGAAGGAGGUGGUUGAGGAAUUGGUCGAGUCGAAUCAGUUUAACGGGAUGCACUUCUGCCUCUCAUGCCUCACGAGAAGGCCGUUGAGGAGCAAGCAUUCGUAUGCGACGGAACGGUGCGUCGCGAGGUUUGAUCACUACUGUCCCUGGAUCUGGAACGACGUCGGCGUCAACAACCACCGCCAGUUCCUCCUCUUCGUCGCGUCCCUCGUCGUCGGCGUCAUCCUCUUCACUCGCUUGACCUUCGGCUACUUCUACGAGAAAGCCCCCGACCUCCACCCGGACUCGUACUGCCCUUCGCUCGUCCCCUCCCUCCUCUGCAUGUCGCUCCUCUUCGACCCCUUCGCCCUCUCGAUCGCCUCCUGGUCCUUCCUCCAACUAACCUGGACCCUCAUCCUCCUCUCGGCCCAAAUCUGGCAAGUCGCGAGACAGAUGACUACCCUCGAAGUCGCCAACGUGUCGAGGUUUGGAUACCUCGGGGGCAAACCGGGCGUUAGUGCGGCGAGUCAGCAGGGGGCGGUGGAGAAGUGGAAUGCGGCAAAGGCUGCGAGGCAUGCGGCGAAUUUGGCGGGCGACGUCGGGGACGGCGGGGCGCUGGACGACCCGGAGUCGCUCGCUCAUGCACCUUCGACUUCUCCUCCGCCUGGUCAGCCCACAACUCGCGCAAAAGGCUCCUUCGCAUUCUGCCUCAAACUCCUCGGACUAGAUCGCUUCCUCGCCCCUUCCUCGCAUCACUCGCAACUCACCACCCUCGCUCACCCUCCCCCAACCGCCACAAACCCCUUCGACCUCGGCUUCGUGGCGAAUUGUCUCGACUUCUGGACUAAAGGUGGAGAGUUGGGGGUUGAGUAUGAGAGGGUUUGGGGAGUCCCCGAGGGCGGGUUUGGGGAGAGGUGGAGGGAGAGGAGGAGGGAGGGACGGGCGGGGUUGGGCGGCGUGAGGAGGAAGUGGGCCGAGGGCAGGAGGAGAGCGAGGGGAGGAGAGGGGUACGAGAGGGUUGCGAUGGAGGAUGUGUAG